AAAUGAAACAAAUUCCCGCUCUUACAAACGCACGACCUUUGCAUUUUGCAUACUUUGGACAAAAAUAAUAAAAAAAUCAUUGUGACUGGUUGGUGUUCUCGCGGCCUUUUCUGAACUAACAUCCAGGAUAUAAUCAUACAGAUUUUAAUAUGGCGUCGCAAAUAUCUGAUAGUGAAAUAGAAGCCCUUGCCCAAGCCAUCGGCAUCAACCCCAAGUUAGACAUUCUUGGACUGAAACUUGGCUUUAAUCAUGAGAAUAUGGAUAUUUAUAAAGCUGACAAUUAUUCGGGUCACAAGGUAACUUAUGAGGGAACCAAAAUAUUGCUGAGAGAUUUCUGUGAUAAGACCCCUCUAGAACAGCAACGACCACUCCUGAAGAAAGCACUGGAGGAUGCGGGCUUGGUCAGGCUUGCUGAAUUACAUUUGACAGAUUCUUCAAGCCAAGCUGCUAGUUCGUCCUCCGGUCAGGUUGCUGCAAGUGAAUCUGGAAGACCAGGACAGCAACCCGCUACGCAAUCUCGGCCCAGUGUAUCUAACAAUAUCAGUGCCUCUGGAUCGAGUGAUGUUUCAGGCAACACCUUGAUUGGGGAACAGACAAAUGUUUACAAUAGCAGGCCAUCAGCACCGGUUGUGCAUCAACAUUUUACAACAAACGUGAAACAAGCCCCUGCUCCAGCUCCAGUAGCCAGACCAAUCAUCAUCCGACAACCAGUAGCAGUUCCAAUGGGUCGAAAACGAUCAGCUAACACAAUUCAAAAUCCACCUGCAAAACGACAAAAGGUUACCCAAUCAGGACCAUCCACAUCGAAGGGGGUCACUGCUAAACAGAAGAAAGCUCCAAAUCCCCAAAAGAAGACGCAGAAGAAAAAGGCACCCAAAACAGCAAAAGCCAAAAAUCCUAACACAAGUCAAAAUCCACCUGCAAAACGACAAAAGGUUACCCAAUCAGGACCAUCCACGUCGACGGGGGUCACUGCUAAACAGAAGAAAGCUCCAAAUCCCCCAAAGAAUCCUCAAACAGCAAAAGCCAAAAACCCUAAAGUGCCCAAGGCCCCCAAGAAAGCCCCCCAAAAGAAAAAGGGCCCCCAAAGAACAAAACCCCAAAAGAAAACAACAGCAAAGAGGCAGACCCCUAAAUCUCAAAAGAAGGCAAAGACGAGCAAAGCUAAAACUGCUGGAAAAAGUCGAUCUAAAAAAAAGUCAAAGAAAUAAAAGCCAGAAGUUUUUCAAAACUCUGAUAUAUGUUUAAAAUUAGCUCACACCAUCAAUUUUAUAGGGAACGAUUUUGUAUGAUAAAUAGAUUUGUUUCAGUUUAAAAAACUCUGAUGAAUGAAAUUAGAGUGUAUUUAUGUUUAAAAAAUAUCCGAAUGGCUUAGUCAGAAUUCACGGUUCAUCUCAUUCAUUUCAUUUAUUUUGCACAAAUGAAAUAUAAAACGAUUUAUUCUGAAAUGGUAGAAUUACAAUAAAUAGAAAAAAAAACAAUGUUAAGUUCUAUAAUCAAAUUGGGGGACCUGAAGUGAAGUUAGCUGGUUGUAAAAAUGCCUUUAAAAAGUAUAUGUGUGUAAAUAGUCAAUACUAUAGCGGUUCCAGAUUAUUCAAUAGCUCACUCAUAAGUUUGUUUAAAGAGUAUGUACAUUUCAUUUAAUGGUGGUUAGAAGGGAACUAAUUUUUUAUCGAUAGUGAAAAUAACAAAACAGCCUUAAAAAAAACUUUAUUACAGUACUAUGAGCUCUCAGAAAAUUAGAAUGAUCGUUCUCAUCUUGAAUAUAGGUAUAGAUAAAAUGAAUGUUGAGGUGCUUGAGCAGAUGUAUUUUUACUGUAUAUAGUCACAAUUGUUUAUGACUGUCUUUCAUUUAUGAUAAUUCGACCAUCUUUUAUUUUUAUUUUUGAAUCUGAUUUUAUGAACGUCCAAUUAAGACUGUGUGACAACAUAAAUGGCUCCGUUAAAAGCAUGGAAGCCAUAAUCAUAUUCGUAUUGGAAUUCGAAAGAUGACGUUUUUAAAUUUGUACCGCAUAUAUAUGUAGUUCAUCGUUUUGGGUGUUGCAAGAAUAUUAUUUGCAAUCGGUUGCAAAUUUCUGUUGCAAAUCUAAAAUUGAUAAAUCAAUUUGAACUACUUGUUUCACAAUGCACACCAGCAAUUGAGUGUAAAUUUGAAAUUAAUUUCAAGACCUGUGAUUGAUUUUCAGACCCAACAUUCACCUACACUAUUGAUUGCAAGUUUCUUGCAACAUUCCGUUAUAGUCUUUCUAUCUUUGAUUAAUUAAGGUAUAUUCAGUUAUAGAUAAAUAUUUUGUGGGCCUAUAGAUUUUAUUGCUGGGAUUAUUGUAUGUUGUUAUACAUGUAGAAAGCUUCUCCAUUUGUUAAGUGAUAAUAAAUAAUCCGUCUUAAAUCUCUA